AUGAAGUCUUACACUACAUAUUUCAUGCUCCUAUGGAGUGCUGUUGGAAUAGCAAGGGCUGCCAAAAUCAUCAUCGUGCCGCCAAUUAUGUUUGAAAGCCAUUUGUACAUUUUCAAGACGCUAGCAUCAGCGUUGCAUGAGAGAGGCCACCACACUGUGUUCCUUCUUUCAGAAGGCAGAGACAUUGCCCCAUCUAAUCACUACAGCCUCCAGCGAUACCCAGGGAUCUUCAACAGUACCACCUCAGAUGCUUUCCUGCAGUCUAAAAUGCGGAAUAUUUUCUCUGGGCAAUUGACAGCAGUUGAACUGGUUGACAUACUGGAUCACUAUACUAAGAAUUGUGACAUGAUAGUUGGCAACCAAGCCCUAAUCCAGGGUUUGAAAAAAGAAAAGUUUGACCUGCUACUUGUGGACCCAAAUGAUAUGUGUGGAUUUGUGAUCGCUCAUCUUUUAGGAGUUAAAUAUGCUGUAUUUUCUACUGGCCUUUGGUAUCCUGCUGAAGUAGGAGCACCUGCUCCUUUAGCUUAUGUACCAGAGUUUAACUCACUCCUCACAGAUCGCAUGAACUUCCUGGAAAGGAUGAAAAAUACUGGUGUUUACCUCAUUUCCAGAAUAGGGGUUAGCUUUCUGGUUCUUCCCAAAUAUGAGAGGAUAAUGCAGAAGUACAACCUGCUGCCUUCGAAGUCCAUGUAUGAUUUGGUUCAUGGGUCCAGCCUAUGGAUGUUGUGUACUGACGUAGCACUGGAGUUUCCAAGACCCACCCUGCCUAAUGUUGUAUACGUUGGAGGAAUCCUCACAAAGCCAGCCAGCCCACUGCCAGAA